GCUUUUUCUUCGAGGUCUCGGCAAUACGAACGGGCGUCCAUUUUGCAUCGCCAUAUUGAAAUUGGUCGGACAUCUUUGGACGCCAUGUUUAGUCGGACAUAUUUUAUAAACAUUUUCGCGUAAAUUUCAAAUAUUUUUGAGCACUAAUUAUCAAACUUUUUUUCACUGAAGUGAGUGAUAUUGUUUGCUGCAAAAAUCGUAGGGAAAAAAUCCUUGCCUACGCAGCAGCCUAUAUUCGAGUCCGGGGGGCCGAGGAGCUUUUGUUAUAAGCUAAAUAAAGCUAGGCUGGCCUCAAAAUGAUGAAUCAAGAAAUUAUGUGUGAAGUUGAGAUUGGAACACACGAUGGCAUGGUCGAGAUAGAUGUGGAUGAACAGGUCGGCGUUAAGUAUGAAGAAAUUGAGACGGGUCAGUACGAGGAAUAUAUAACCGAUGAUCAGUAUGAAGAGGUUGAGGAACAGGUUAUUGGUAUGCAGCAUUUAGAGGAAGAUUAUAAAAUUUCAGUUGGCAGCGAGGAGGUUAUACUGCCAGGGAUAUCCGAGGAGGUUCUACAUAAUGAUGCGACCUACGACAAUGUGUACCAGCCUCCCGGAAACAGCAGAAGAGGUCGUGGCAGGCCGAGAGUGAACGCCUCCAACAACAUACACCAUUUGAUGCCAAUAGGUGAAGUACCCAUGGGUCUCAUGGAGAACAGUUCAGGACGUGCUGCUCGUAGAUGGGAACAGAAACAGGUCCAGAUCAAAACAAUGGAGGGAGAGUUCUCAGUCACCAUGUGGGCCACUGGAGAGGAUGAUGAUGACGGAUCAAACCCCGAACCCGAUCCUGAUUACACCGAGUACAUGACGGGGAAGAAGAAUGUGCUGGGAAAUGAUAAUAUGCCAGGCUUAGACUUAUCAGAUCCGAAACAAUUGGCGGAGUUCGCGCGUCCAGGACACAAGAUCAGAUUGAAGAAACCUUCCCCGGAGUCAUCAGACAGAACCAUAGCGUGUCCACACAAGGGUUGUUCGAAGAUGUUCAGAGACAAUUCUGCCAUGAGGAAACAUUUGCACACGCACGGACCGAGAGUUCACGUCUGUGCUGAAUGCGGCAAAGCGUUUGUUGAGAGUUCAAAGUUGAAACGUCACCAGCUGGUCCACACGGGGGAGAAGCCGUUCCAGUGCACCUUCGAGGGUUGCGGGAAGAGAUUCUCAUUGGACUUUAAUCUCAGAACCCACGUCCGUAUCCACACGGGAGAUCGUCCCUAUGUAUGUCCGUUCGACGGCUGCAAUAAGAAAUUCGCGCAGUCAACGAACCUGAAGUCACACAUACUGACACACGCCAAGGCCAAAUCAAGAAACUCACUGUCUCGGAACGGUAACGCCUAUGAAUCAGCCAGAACGACGCCACAAUACGUUCAGCUGGAGGUGUCUCCGGACGACUCAAAUCCUCAACUAAUCUUCUACACUCACGAGUGAUAGUGUUCAAAUAAUAUAGUGUAUAUAGCUAGGCAAAGACUGUCUGAUGUUAGAGAAUUGAUGGUAUGUUCUGUUUACUAAGCGUUUGUAAAACUGAUGGUACAAGAUUAAUGAUGUAUCGGGUGCCUAUUUUGGUGAGAGCGUUUUAAACUCAAAUUUAACCGUUACAAUCUAAAUGAUAGUCAUUUUUCUCAUCAGCUUUGUAUUUACCAUCAGGGUGUGACGGAAUAGUUAUGUGUUAUAGGUAAAUGUUAACAGGCUGUGACAAACACAGAUAACAGUUGCGGUUAAUUUUAACUAACAUCACAACUAGUUUAUAAUUUUAGAUAACGUUUAUAUGAAUCCAAAGCGGCAUCUGUAUGAGGAAUUAAAUUUAUCACUAAUGUUCCUUGAUUGGUGUUGAAAAAUUAUUUAUCGUCUUUACCAAACAGAAAUGCGUGAAAAUUUAUUCAUAUCAGUCUUAAAUUUUCAUUUUUGAAGUUUAUAGUUCUGGUAAAGUAAAUCUGUGGAACUAACUAAAUUUUAUAUCCAAGUCAUCUAUAUCCCUUCUCCAUUUUAAAAUUCAUUUAAAUUCUGCUAUCUCCGUUGACAUAUUAUAACUGCUUGUGUCCACUAAUUGUUGUAACAAGGUGUAAGUUAGAAUCUUCUGCAGAUUAUAAGUCUUUAUUGUCUAUGGUACUUUAAUGUCGCUAUAUCAUACAAAAAAAAACCUCCUGUCUAUGGAUGGUGAAAUUAUCUGAAAUGCUAAAAAGGCUCUAUCAACAUGAUAAUCUAGAUUUUUUUUCACUGAAGUAUUCUAAAUUGUGAUAUUUUCUUGCUUAAAUGUUCUUUAUACUGUCCAUGGUCAUAUAUUUUUCAAAAAAUGUCAAAAAAGGUUACUCGAUGAAUUUAGUUUUUCUUAUACAUAUACCUAAGAGUCAAAUAUAAAAAAUUUAAAUUAAAUGCAACCAAUAUUUUCUAAAUAGAACGGUUGUUGUAUAAAUUGUAUAAAUAUUAAGUAACAAAUAAAACAUUAUUUAAAAAAAAAACUAUAUAAAUACUAUCGAUUGAUUUUUAAGUUAGUAAGAAGCAUAAUAACAGAGGUAAUAAGAUUUUCUGUUUAAAAAAUAGUAAAAUUUUUACAAAUAAAGCGUGAGAAUUCUCAUAACAAGCACAAAUUUUGUCAUUUCUUGAUGUUAUAUAUUUAAAACGAAUCCUAAAUCUAAUAUAAGUUCAAAGAAUAUAAACAUGUCUCUUCAUAUAUCGAAAUUCUAGUACGUAUAAGUAAUGUGUUAUUUGUUAUAAAUAAAAAUGUACAUUGUGUAAAAACAUGCCAAAAAAAAAAAAACUUAUGUGUAAUAACAUAGAUUAUAUUAACCAUAGGUGGAAUCUUAAAAGAAUAUAUGAGGUAUUUAUUUUAUGAGCCAGUCAGUAAAUGGAUUUGAUUGAAUUAAUUUUUUUUAUGAGCCAAUAAAAUAUACGAUUAAUUUCUAAACUAUAUAUAUCCUGUCAUUAAAAUUUGACAGUUUUUUUGGAGGGAAAUCUUAUAUGCUUGCAUUUUUUUUUACUCAACCGAUCGAUUUAGUAUAGUAAUCGCUCUAUAUAACCAUAUUUCUUCAGUGACACAAUAUUUACGUUUAAAGUGUUAUGACAAAUAGUUUAAUUCGUUUAUUGACUGGCGGUAACAGUGAACUUAGUCAGAAUGUAGCUGUACAACACUUAUUUUAAGUUUUCAAGUGAUUUCCAAGUCUUGCACUAAGUUAAUAAUGACUGAUGUAAAUAAAAGUUUUACUGUAUUGUGAUAUUUGAAAUGUAUUUCUACGAACGAUAUGUUUUCUAUUGUCUUUUUUUUUUUAUUUGGUAUUUCAAAUAUUACAGUACGUGUAAAGAUUGUAUGAACAAUCUGAAGCGAAAUAAAUUGUAAAUGUUUAUAA